CAUUUGCCCUUUUGCACUUUAGGGUGUUUGGAUCCAAAAGUGAAAAAAAAAGUGCAAAAGAGCAAAAGUUUUGCUCUUUCUCUUUCUGUUGGAUCCAAACAGGCCCUAAGACAUGAACUCAGCUAGUAACAGCGUAGCUUUGUUGUCACUCGACUCACUAUUUAGCAUAUUGUCAAGUUAGACUAUAGAAAUAAUUUGGUUGGUAGCAUCCACGAAAAUUCUACAUCUAAAUGGGUAGCUGAUAAUUGUGGUCCAGCUGGCUCCCACGUUAGGACACCAGCCAGAUCAGCCAGCAACGGUCACUUCCUACCGCGCGCCGGGCGGCACAAUCACCACGACCACUCGCUGCCCUCCACGUGGCCACCUACCUCCUCCUACCCCUCUUCCCCAACGGCUAUUUCACUAUUUCCCCAGCACCUCGCCCCGUCCCGCCCAUCGCGUCCACUCGCCUUGACCGCGAAAAAGAAAAAGAAAAAAAAAAGAAACCGCGCGCCACCAAACAAGGAGGAGAGGAAAGAGGGGGGAGGAGGAAGAGAGGAGAGAGAAACCCUAAUCGAAAUGGGCAAGCUCCUCUGCGACCCCUCCGCCGCCGCCGUCGCUGAGGCUCUACCGCCGUCCCCCGCCCCCGCCCCGCCGCCGCCGCUCCUCUCCUGGCCGUCCCCGGGCCCCGCCCCCGCCCUCGAGGCCUCCACCGCGCCCGCGGGCUGGGACGCCGUCUGGGCGCUCGAGGACCAGCAGCGCCGCCGCCUGCUCCGGAUCUGGGAGCGGGGCGUCGCGUGGAAGCCCUCCCCGCCGGGCGGCGAGGAGGCGGCGCCGGCGCCCGUGGUCUUCCGCCUCGACCACGGCGGGGAGGUCGACGCCGACGGCAACUGCCUCUUCACCGCCGCGCGGACGGCCGCUGCCGCCAAGGCCGACGCGCGCGAGCUCCGGCACCGCGCCGUGCGCCGGUUCGCCGAGGUCUACGACGCCGCGGGGGAGGACGACAAGGGCGCCGUUGACGCGGCCGUGAGGCACCUCUACGCGCCGGAUCUCAAGGCCGGGUGGGGCGUCCACGUCGUGCAGGAGAUCAAGGUGCUCGCGCCCAAGGCCCAGCGCGACGCGCUCGACGCCGCAAUCCAGGAGCUCGUCGAUCUUGGCAUCCAGAGGGAAAUUGCAGCUGAAACUAUCUACAAGGAGAGAUGUAUCGCUGUAAACAAUGGAGAAAGUUGGGCCAAGUAUAUGUCCAUUUCUGGUUCCGCAGAGGAUGAGCACGACAUUAUCACCCUGCAGUACACAGAGGAGGGCUUACUAACAAUUGAUGAGAACAGGGAUGGCCGCGCAGCUGCAUUUGGUGAUGAUAUUGCCAUUGAAUGCCUGGCGACCGAGUUCAAGAGAGAAGUUUAUGUGGUGCAAGCUCAUGGAGCAGAUGCGAUGAUUGAUGAGGACAACUGUGUUUUCUUCCUCCCACAUCGUCCUAGAGGAGAAAUUUGUGAACCACCAAUUUUUUUAUUCAUGAAAGGAACAGCCUGGUGCGGUGCUGGUGCGGACCAUUACGAGCCUUUGAUUGCCACUGUCCUCCAGCAUGUUACUCCAGACAAAGCAGCUGUUGUACUUUGAGGAUGACUGCGUCUUUUUUCCCCCCCUUAGUUUUUAGUCAGCGGUGGAGUUGAGACAGUUUUGUUAUCGGAGCUAAAGGUGCUGAAUUGAGGAGCAACAUCUUGCCCAAGAGAGGAGAGAUAUCUGAGUAUCUGACUGUUGCAGGGUCUUGCCUGCUUCUGAAUCUUUGUACCAUGAUUCGCUUUGUAUGGUGAUUUUGUUGUUGUAUGUUUAUGAAUAGAUUCUGACUAGCGAGGAUAUUCAGAGAGUGGUAGAAUACCGGAUCUAGAUUUUUGGGGUCUGAUGUUGUUUGCCAUUGUCAGCCGGCAUUUUUGUAUUACCUCUUGUGAGGAUUUUUUUUUUGGUUGCCUGUUUCUAGAGACAUCAUUAUUCGACAUUUGGAAUGGAAUCAAUUCCUUUUUGGUGUUAA